AUGGGCAUCAAGCGGUCAGUGUCAGGUGUGUGCUUGUCUCAUGAAACGGUCAGUAUGUUUACAGGAGUCGCAGUUUCUGUUACACAUAGAAGAUCGCGACGCGCCGAGCCGUCAGAAUAACAAUCUCCUUAAGAAAGGAUCAUUUUAACAUCACAGGAACAGAAUGGAACCCAAUUGUGUUGACAUGGAGAUGGAAUGGGAUAUAGUCCUCUCAACGAUGCAAGAGAUGUUUGGUGACGUGUCGCCUGUCGGUGACACCAAAGUGCCGUGUGGUGGUGACCAACCGGCACAUGCGGGUGGUCUGGCAUCUGUCGGGCCGCAGGUGAGUCACCCGCUAAUUGUGACUGGAGGUGCGCUUGGAGCGCGGGGUGAUGUGGUGCAGCAAGGAGGAUGCUCCUUGCCAGUCGUCAGAGUGGAGCCUGGAUGCUACCAAAACUGCCUCCCGCCUAAUGUGGGAUACAGGCCGGACUGUGGUUGUCGACUGGCUGAACGCCAGAACAACUUCUGGCCAAUAAUGGAUCCAGUCAACAGUGCUGCUCAUAGUUACCUCGGAGCCAUGAAUGGAAGGAGUGUGUGUCCGAAGACGUCUCCACCAACGAACCACGUGAAACCAAGCGAGCCUGUUCCAAAGCACAAUGGCCCCUACAUCCGGAGGCCACCCAACGCCUUCAUGAUUUUCAUGAGGGAGAACAGGGAACAUGUCACGGCCACAUUGAAACCUAAGCACAGUGUUGAAGCCAACAGCAUCCUGGGACAUAUGUGGAAGUCCAUGACGUCGGAGCAGCAGCAGAAGUAUUACCUGCUGGCCGCAGAGGAGAGGCAAAAGCACGCCGAGCGCCACCCCAAUUGGUCCAGCAAAGACAAUUACGGAAGGAAGGUCAAAAGACAAAGGAAGAAAGUGAAGGCGGACUCAUCUCUGGAACACUACAGCCAAUCACAGUGCUUUCCACCUUCCUUUGAUCAAACGGCGGCCGUGCCUGCGCUGAAGGGGGCUGGACCGCUGAAAGAAGCCAGAGGGUCUCUACACAUGUAA